CUCCAACCGACUAGGAUCCCGCCACAGGAACCGUCCUUCCCGAACAUCAACGACUCUCAGGUGGCGGCCGUGCUGAGGGGUAGGAGGGACCGGGAUGUGCUAGGGGCUCCUGGCCGGACUCCCACCCUCCGUCCAAGGGUCUCAUUCUCUUGCCCAGACUGGAGUGCAAUAGUGCGAUCUUGGCUUACUGUAACCUCUACCUCCCAGGCUCAAGUGAUUCUCCUGCUUCAGCCUUCCAAGUAGCUGGAAUUACAGGCCCCUACCGUCGGGCUACGAAGGUCUGAAGUACCGCCACGAGGGGGCGCAGGACCGAUGACGUCACCUCUGCGCGCGACCCGAGGACGGAAGUUAGUCUUUUCCACUUCCGCUCCGCUUAGCCACUCCGGACGCCAGAGACGGAAGUAAAAGCCAUAUACAGCGGAGAGAGCUGUUCUCCAGCCUUUCUGGAAGGAUGCAGAGCCUUUCCUUAAGACAAACAAGGGACAUGGAUGAAUCUGGAGAACAUCAUCCUCAGCAAACUGACACAAGAACAGAAAAUGAAACACCGCAUAUUCUCACUCAUAGGUGGGUGAUGAAAAAUGAGAACACAUGGACACAGAAAGGGGAGUACUAAACACUGGGGUCUAUUGGGGGGAAAAGGGGAGGGCCAGUGGGAGGGGGAGGUGGGGAGGGAUAGCCUGGGGAGAAAAGCCAAAUGUGGGUGAAGGGGAGAAGAAAAGAAAGCACACUGCCAUGUGUGUACCUAUGCAACUGUCUUGCCUGCUCUGCUCAUGUACCCCAAAACCUAUAAUCCAAUAAAAAAGAAAAAAAAAAAAAAAAGAAAAGAAAAAAAAGAAAAGAUGCUUAGCUGAAUUACAGCAAUAAAACAAGAAUCCAUUCAAAAAGAAAAGAUUUAAUUAUUGGGCAUGUAGCUUCAGUUUACUCAUUUGUAAAAUAGGGAUAAUAAUUGAGCCUACUUUUUUGCAUUCUUGUUAGGAUUAGAUGAACUAACAUGUAAAAUAGUGCCUGUCAUAUAUUAAGCACUCAACAAAUACUAGCUGCUGUUGCUGCUGCUACUACUACCAUCAUUAUCAUCGCCACUACUAUGAUUAAUAAUAUUAUUACAGGAUGAACUAUAGACAUAUUCUUACAUAAAAUAUUUAGUAAUCAUCUGGGCUAUGAGGAGUCUGGAUGUUCUAAAGCAACUGGCACCUAGCUUGCCAGUUUACAUAGGGGCAUUCUUAUUCCAGGGGGAUGAUAUAUGGUGGAGCUCUCUUUUCAGUAUAAAUCACAUUCUGCCAUUACCCUUUUCAGAUUCUUCCUAUUGUAUUUUAGGUAAAGGCCAAACUUUCUGUCAUUGUCAACAGGGAUGCAUCACCUAACCUCUGUCGACUUUUUUAGCUUCACCUCUUUCCCUUUUUUGCUUGGUAUAAAUACUCUUAGAGUCUUUGCACUGGCUGUUUCAUUUAACUGGAAUGCUGUUUUAUCAGCUCCUGGCGUGGUAUGUUUCUUCUUUUUUUAGAAGUCAGCUCAAAUGUCACCUUUUCAGGAUAGACUUAACUGACCAUCCUGUUUGUAAUUAGAUGCACUUUACCCUAUGUUGUUCUCUAUCCAAGAAUUGGUGGAUUUCUUUCAAAGACUGUAUCAAAAUCUGUAAUUAUUCAUGUGUUAGUAAACACAUUUACUUUGUCUCAUUGAUUAGAUUUUUAUAUUCAUGAUUUUGGGAUACUUGCCUCUCAUGUUUAGAAUACAUUAAAGGUAUCUGUUAUAGUGGCUGGUGCAUAGUAGGUUCUCAAAAUAUUUAUUGAAUAAAUGAUUUAAUUUGAUAGGUAGGGUUAAGAUCUUGGGUGGCAGGUUACACUAACUGACCUCUGAUGUCUUAUUUCUACUCUAAGACCUGAAUCUAUGCUAUAACUACUCUAAGUAGUUUGUCCUAGGGAGAAAAACAGUAAAUUCUGGUAACAAUUAGGCACAUUCUUCCACAUGGAUCUCCUUCUUAGUGGAGCUGUGAUAACAUGUGACCAUCUUCCUUGAACACUGACGUGAUUCUUUAUAGGAAUUGAAACUUCUGCCCAAGUCCCUGAUUUUACUCUACCUAAUGUUACACCAAAGAACUUUAAUCAGGCCCAAGAUAAACACAAUGUGUUAAUUAAAAUGAGACCUUAAAAUUUAAGUUUGACAAAUAGGCUUCUGGUUGUCACUAAGCAACAGUGUUAGCACUAAAUUAAAAUAUUUUAUGGUUGUUCAGGCAAGCUGUUUCAUUCAACUUAGCACUCUUAGCACUCUUUCUCCUCCUCUAGAAAAUAUACAUCAUGGAGGCAGAGCAGAAUGGCCAAAUAGAAGGCUCAACUGAUUGCCUCCCCCCACCAUAGGAACACCAAAUUUAACAAUUAUCUAUACAAAAAGCACCUUCAUAAGAACCAAAAGUCAGGUGAACACUCAGUACCUGGUUUUAACUUUGUAUUGCUGAAAGAGACACCGAAUAGGGUAGGAAAGACAGUUUUGAAUUGCUGACACCACUCCUUUCCUAUCCUGUGACUGCAGCUGCAUGACAACAAGAAUUGUAUGCUCUGGAGAGGGAGAGUACAGCAAUUGUGAAACAUUGCUUUGAGUUCAGUGCUGCCCUGUCACCGCAGAAAGCAAAACUGGGCUGAACUCAGCUGACGCUCAUCCAUGGCAGGAAUAUUUACACCAGUUCUAGCUAGAGAGGAAACACUCAUAGCCACUGGAACUUGAGUUUCUGUAAACCUUGGCACCAUGGGCUAAAGUGCUCUGGGGCUCUAAAUAAACUUGAAAGGCAGUCUAGGCCACAAUGACUGCAACUCCUAGGUGAGUCCUAAUGCUGCACUGGGCUCUGAGCCAGUGGUCUUGGGGGGCAUGUGACCUGCUGAGAUGCCAGCCAGGGUGGCUAAGAGGAGUGCUUGUGCCACCCCUCCCCCAAACCCAGGCUGCACAGCUCAUGGCUCCAAAAGAGACCUUUUCCUUCCACUUGAGGAAAGGAGAGGGAAGAGCAAAGAGGGCAUUGUUCUACAUCUUGGAUACCAGCUCAGCUGCAGUAGGAUAUGGCACCAGGCAGAGUUUUGAGGCCCCCAUUCCAGACCCUAGUUUUCAGACAACAUUUCUAGUUAUACUCUGGGUCAAAAGAGAACUUGUGCUUCCUUGAAGGUAAGGACACAUUACUACCAGGACACAUAACCUGCUGACUAAAGAAUGCUUGGGCUCUGAAUACCCUGCAAUGAUACCCAGGUAGCAUGCCACUGAGCCUUGGGUGGGACUCAUGAAUGUGCUGACUUCAGGUGAGAUCCAGCAAGUUCUUAGCUGUGGUGGCUAUGGUGAAAAAGAUUCCUGCUUUAGGAAAGCAGAGGGAAAAGCAAAGGGGACUUUUUUUCAUAUCUUAAAUACUACCUUGGCCACAAAGGGGAAGAGCACCAAGUGGGCUCUUGGGGUCCCUGAUUCCAGGCCUUGGCUCUUGGAUGGCAUUUCUGGACCUGUCCUGGGUAAGACAGGAGCCCAGAACUCUGAAGGGUGAGUCCCAGACCUAGCAGCAUUUACCACAAGCUGACUGAACUGUUCUUGGGUUUUAAGGGAACAGUAGUGGUAGCCUGGCAAUACUCCCCAUAGUACUGUCAUGGUGGUUGCCCUGGGGUGAGGCUCCUCUGCCAGUUUAAAAGAGAGGGAAGAGUGGGAAGAACUAUAUCACAUGGUUUGCUUGCUGGCUGAGUCAUGGCAGAAUAGAAUGCCAGAUAGACUUCUAAGAUUUUUGAUUCCAGUCCCUGACUCCCAGAUGGCACCAUUGAACCCACCUGUGUCGUGGGGAAGCUUGCUGCCCUGAAGGGAAGGACACAAACCUGGCUAGUUUUGCCACCUUCUUACUGUAAAGCCCUAAAGCCUUGAGUGAAAAUAGGUGGUAGCCAGGUAGUGGUUAUAGUGGGUCUUGGGUGAGACCCUGUGGAGUCAUAGUGGUGGUGGCCACAGGCAUGCUUGUGUUUUACGUCUCCCUGCUCCAGGUGGCUCACAACAGAGAAACAGUCUGUUUAGGAGAAAGUAAGAAAAGAGAACAAGAGUCUCUGCAUGGUAAUCCAGAUAAUUCUUCUAGAUUUUAUCCAAGACUAUCAAGGCAGUACCUAUACAAGUUUGUAAGGACCACAGUGUUACUGGCCUUUGAGUGCCCCCGUAAGGCAGAUAUAACUUAGAUCACAAUACACAAGUCCUUUCAAAACCUAGAAAGCCUUUCCAAGAAGGAUGAAUACAAGCAAGCCCAGACUGUGAAGACUACAGUAAAUAUCUAACUCUUCAAUGACCAGGCACAGACAAACAUCCACACACACAAAGACCAUCUAGGAAAACAUGAUCUCAGCAAGUUAACUAAAUAAGGCACGAAAAUUCAACAUCGCUUUGUGACAAACGCCCUCAAACAACUGGGUAUAGAAGGCAUACCUCAACAAAAUAAAAGCCACAUGUGACAGAGUCCAGCUAGUAUCAUACCAAAUGGGGAAAAACUGAAAGCCUUCACUUCAGAUCAACACAACCACUUUUACCACUGUUAUUUAACAUAAUACUGGAAGUUCUAGCUAGAGCAAUCAAAUGAGAGAAGGAGAUAAAGGGCAUCAAAAUUGGAAUGGAAAAAGCCAAAUUAUCCUUGUUUGCAGAUGAUAUAAUCUUAUAUUUGGAAAAGUCUAGGCUCCACUAAAAACUAGUAGAAGUGAUAAAUUCAGUACAGUUGUAGGAUACAAAAUCAACAUUAAAGAAUCAGUAGCAUUUCUAUAUAUCAACCACAAACAAUCUGAAAAGGAAAUUAAGAAAGCAACCCCGGGCUGGGCGCGGUGGCUCAAGCCUGUAAUCCCAGCACUUUGGGAGGCCGAGGCAGGUGGUUCACGAAGUCAAGAGAUUGGGGCCAUCCUGGUGACCAUGGUGAAACUUCGUCUCUACUAAAAAUACAAACAUUAGCUGGGCAUGGUGGCACACGCCUGUAAUCCCAGCUACUUGGGAGGCGGAGUCAGGAGAAUUGCCUGAACCGAGGAGGCGGAGGUUGUGGUGAGCUGAGAUCACGCCAUUGCACUCCAGCCUGGGUAACAAGAGCGAAACUCUGUCUCAAAAAAAAAAAAAAAAAAAAAAAAGAAAAAGAAAAAAGCAACCCCGUUUACAGUAGCUACAAAUAAAAUAAAAUACCUAGAAAUUAACAUAACCAGAAAAGUGAAGGAUCUCUACAAUGAAAACGAUAAAACACUGAUGCAAGAAAUUGAAGAGGACACAUAAAAAUGGGAAAAUAUUUCACAUUCAUGGAUUGGAAGAAUCAAUAUUGUCAAAAUGCUCACACUACCCAAAGCACUCUACAGAUUUAGUGUAAUCACUAUUAAAAUGCCAAUGACAUUCUUCACAGAAAUAGAAAAAAAAAAUCCUAAAAUUUAUAUGCUAUCACAAAAGACUCAGAAGCAAAAAGAACAAAACUGAAGGAAUUGCAUUAUCUCACUUUAAUUUCUACUACAGAGCUGUAGUAACCCAAACAGCAUGAUACUGUCAUAAAAACAGGCAUGUAGAUUAGCAGAACAGAAUAGAGAAAACAGAGAUAAAUUCUCAUAUCUACAGCAAACUCAUUUUGACAAAGGUGCUGAGAGCAUACAUUGGUUAAAGAACAGUGCUUUAAUAAAUGGUGCUGAGAAAACUGGAUAUCCAUUUGCAGAAGGAUGAAACGAGCCCUAUCUCUUGCCAUAUACAAAAAUCAAGUCAAAAUAGAUUAAGUACUAAAAUUUAAGACUUCAACUAUGAAACUAUUAAACUAUGAAACUAGUAAAAGAAAACAUCAGAGAAAAUCUCCAGGACACUAGAUUGGGCAAAGAUUUCUUGAAUGAUGCUUCACAAGCACAGGCAACCAAAGCUAAAAUGGGCAAAUGGGGUUUGUCACAUCAUGUUAAAAAGCUUCUGCACAGCAAAGGAAACAGUCAUCAAAGUGCAGAGACAAUUUAUAGAAUAGGAGAAAAUAUUUGCAAACUACCCAACUGACAAGUGAUUAAUAACCAGAAUAUAUAAGAAGCUAAAACAACUUUAUGAGGGGGAAAAAAGCUAAUAAUCCAAUUUAAAAAUGGGCAAAAGACCUGAAUAGACAUUUCUUAAAUGAAGAAAUACAAAUUGCAAACAGGUACAUGAAAAGGUGUACCACAUCAUUGAUCAUCACAGAAAUUCAAAUCAAAAUUACAAUGAACUGUCAUCUCAUCACAGUUAAAAUAGCUUAUAUCCCAAAGUCAGGCACUAACGAAUGCUUCUAAGGAUGUGAAGCAAAGGGAACUCUCAUACAUUGUUGGUGGGAAUGUAAAUUAGUACAAUCACUAUGGAGAAAAGUUUUGAGGUUCCCCACCAAAACUAAAAAUAGAGCUACCAUAUGAUCCAGCAAUCCCACUUUCAUGUAUAUACCUCAAAGAUAGGAAACGAGGAUUUCAAAGAGAUACCUGCACUCACGUUUAUUACAGCACUAUUCAUAGUAACCAAGAUUUGAAAAACACCUAAGUUCCAUCAGCAGAUGAAUGGAUAAAGAAAAUGUGGUACAUAUACACCAUGGACUACUAUUCAUCCAUAAAAAAGAGUGAGAUCCUGUGAUUUGCAACAAUAUGGAUGGAACUAGAGGUCAUUAUCUUAAGUGAAAUGAACCAGGCACAGAUAGAUGAACUCCACAUAUUCUCACUCAUUUGUGAGCAUUAAAAAUUAAUUGAACUCAUGGAGAUAGAGGGUAGAAGGAUGAUUACCAGAAGCUGGGAAGAGUAUUGCAAAGGGUGGGAGGGGAGGAAGUAGAGAUGGUUAAUGGUUACAAAAAUAUUUAGAAAGAAUAAAUAAGACUUAGUAGUUGUUGGCAAAACAGGGUGACUAUAGUAAAAAAUAACUGCACCUUUAAAAAUAACUAAAUGAUUAUAAUUGGAUUAUAUUCUUUUGUAUAUGUUGGAUUAGAUUGUUUGUAUUACAAAAGUUAAAUACUUGAAAUGAUGGCUACCUUUAUUCUGCCAUGAUUACACAUUGCAUGCCUAUAUCAGAAUAUCUCAUGUAACCCAUAAAUAUAUACACCUACUAUGUACUCAUAAAAAUUAAAACAUAAAUUAUCACUGAAAAAGGUAGAGUUUUAAAAAUGAGUCAUCCUGAUAUUAAACUCAGUCUCUGAGGUGUGGAUAGAAAAGUGUGUUUUUCCAGCAGAGAGAUUUCGUCCUUUUGUUGUACCAGAGUUUUUCACACUAGCUAUGCCAUUCUCAUAAAACUCAGACACUUUAAGUGCAAACUAAGUGUAUAGUGUGGUGCCUGACUCUUAUUCUAGAUAUUAAAUAUCCUUUCAUCACACCAUAUUAUCAAAAUUGAAAAAGCUGGAGGAGCAAGAUUAAAAAAAACUCAAAAGCUAGCAGAAGACAAGAAAUAACUAAGAUCAGAGCAGAACUGAAAGAGAUAGACAAAAAACCCUUCAAAAAUUAAUAAUUUUAGGAGCUGGUUUUUUGAAAGAUCAACAAAAUAGACAAACUGCUAGCCAGAUUAAUAAAAAAGAAAAGAGAGAAGAAUCCAAUAGAUGCAAUAAAAAAACGAUAAAAGGGAUAUCACCACUGAUUUGACAGAAAUACGAAUUACUAUCAGAGUUUACUACAAACAACUCUAUGCACAUAAACCAGUAAACCUGGAAGAAAUGGAUAAAUUCCUGGACACUUGCACUCUCCCAAGACUAAACCAGGAAGAAGUUGAAACCCUGAAUAGGCCAAUAACAAGGGCUGAAGUUGAGGCAUCAAUUAAUAGCCUACCAAUCAAAAAGAAUCCAGGACCAGGUGGGUUCACAGCUGAAUUCUGCCAGACAUACAAACAGGAGCUGGUAGCACUCCUUCUUAAACUAUUCCAAACAAUUCAAAAGAGGAAAUCCUUCCCAAAUCAUUUUAUGAGACCAACAUUAUCCUGAUACCAAAACCCGGCAGAGACUUAACAAAAAACAAAAACUUCAGGCCAAUAUCCAUGAUGAAUAUAGAUGCAACAAUCUUCAAUAAAAUACUGGCAAACCGAUCACAACAGCACAUCAAAAAUCUUAUCUAUCAUGAUCAAGUAGGCUUCAUUCCGGGAAUGCAAGGCUUCAACAUACGCAAGUCUAUAAACGUAAUCCACCACAUAAACAGAACCAAAGACAAAAACCACAUGAUUAUUUUAGUAGAUGCAGAGAAGGCCUUUGACAAAAUUCAACAGCACUUUUUGCUAAAAAUUCUAAAUAAACUAGGCAUCAAUGGGGAACGUAUCUCAAAAUAAUAAAAGCUUUUUAUGAAAAACCCACAGCCAAAAUCAUACUGGAUGGGCAAACACUGGAAGCAUUUUCUUUGAAAUCUGACACUAGACUCUCUCUCUUCACUCCUUUUCAAUACAGUAUUGGAAGUUCUAGCUGGAGUAAUCAGGCAAGGAAAAGAAAUAAAGGGUAUUCAGUUAGGAAAGGAAGAAGUCAAAUUGUCUCUAUUUGCAAAGAACUUGAUUGUACAUAUAGAAGACCCCAUUUUCUCAGCCCAAAAUCUCCUGAAACUGAUAAGCAACUUCAGCAGAGUCUCAGGAUACAAAAUCAAUGUGCAGAAAUCACAAGCAUUUCUAUAAACCAAUAAUAGCCUAACAGAGAGCCAAACCAAGAGAGAACUCCCAUUCACAGUUGCUACAAAGAGAAUAAAAUACCUAGGGAUACAACUAAGAGAGGAUAUGAAGAACCUCUUCAAGGAGAGAUACAAACCACUGCUCAAGGAAAUAAGAGAGGACACAAACAGAUGGAAAAACAUUCCAUGCUCAUGGUUAGGAAGAAACAAUAUCAUAGAUUCAACACUAUCCCCAUCAAGCUACCAAUGACCUUCUUCACAGAACUGGAAAAACCACCUUAAACUUCAUAUGGAAUCAAAAGAGAGCCCGCAUAGCCAAGACAAUCCUAAGCAAAAAGAACAAAGCCCAGAGGCAUCACACUACCUGACUUCAAACUGUACUACAAGUCUACAGUAAUCAAAACAGCAUGGUACUGGUACCAAAACAGAGAUAUAGAUUAAUAGAACAGAAAAGAGGCCUUGGAGGCAAUGCCACACAUCUACAACCAUCUGAUCUUUGACACACCUGACAAAAACAAGCAAUGGGGAAAGGAUUUUCUGUUUAAUAAAUGAUGUUGUGAAAACUGGCUAGCAAUGUGCAGAAAGCAGAAACUGGACCCCUUUCUGAUACCUUAUACAAAAAUUAAUUCCAGAUGGAUUAAAGACUUAAACAUAAGACCUAACACCAUAAAAAUCCUAGAAAAAAACCUACGCAAUAUCAUUCAGGACAUAGGCAUAGGCAAGGACUUAAUGACUGAAACACCAAAAGCAUUGGCAACAAAAGCCAAAAUAGACAAAUGGGACCUAAUUAAACUCCAGAGCUUCUAUACAGCAAAAGAAACAAUCAUUAGAAUGAACCAGCAACCAACAGAAUGGGAAAAAAAUUUUGCAAUCUGACAAAGGCUAAUAAUCAGAAUCUACAAAGAACUUAAAAAAAUUUACAAGAAAAUAAACAACCCGAUCAAAAAGUGGGCAAAGGAUAUGAACAGACACUUCUUAAAAGACGACAUUUAUGUAGCCAGCAAACAUAUGAAAAAAUGCUCAUUAUCACUGGCCAUUAGAGAAAUGAAAAUCAAAACCAUAGGAAGAUACCAUCUCACACCAGUUAGAAUGGUGAUCAUUAAAAAAUCAGGAGAUAGGUCGGAGGGGACUCAAGAUGGCGCUGUGAUAACAACCCAGGAUUGGAGCCCGCGUUGAAUUCGCAAACGGUGAGUCAGUGCUGCAUUUCCAGACUGAUCUUUGUUGCCCACAGAACGGGGAAACUCCCAAGUAUAAAAAGACACGGGACGCCAGGCAGUAGGUCUGCCUGGCGAAGCCGGCAGCCGGGGCGGCGGCGGCCGGCCCUACCCAGCAAUCCCCACAGGGCGCGCUUGUCCGGGUGCCUUGUUGAACCGGCAACCUGAGACUUGAGAGGGCUGAACUUGAGACUGAACGAGACUUGCACAGUGGCCCAGCCCAGGGGAUUGCAGGGACAGAUCGCUUGAGAUACCCAGUGGGACGAACAAAACAGCGAUUUCAAACUAUCCCGGGCAGACGGUCCGAGACGCUCUGUGGGGGAGGGGCGUCCACCACUACGGAGGCAACCUGCCCCAACUGAUAUACACGCCCACUGCUGAGGCAGCCAGCCGUUGCCGAGGCAACCCGCCCCAACUGAGAUACACGCCCACUGCUGACGCAGCCAGCCGUUGCCGAGGCAACCCGUCCCUACUGAGAUACACGCCCACUGCUGACGCAGCCUGCCGUUGCUGAGGCAACACGCUACAACGAAGAGACUCCGCCACAGGGCGUGGCGGAGACCACAGCAGAGCCGGCAGGAACAGCGCGAAUCACACAACAGCAGGGCGGAGCCUCGGCAGCCAAACAGUGGCUAGUCUGCCUUCGAGCUGGGCAGGACACCUGAUCGGACAUCAAAAAAUAAAGCCCAAACCCCUCAACACAGAGCAUUUGAGAAAAAAAAAAGGGUUGUUUAAUGAGCUGUGUUGCAGCAGAAUCAAAUAUAGCAGCCUAACAGCCCUGAAUGAACAACAGAGUGCACAGCUCAGCAAUUAAACCCCUAUAAAGUACAAACUGUCUCCUCAAGCAGCUCCCUGACCCCUCUAUAUCCAAAAGACUGUCAUUAGGCAGGCAUCAUCCUGGGACAAAGAGAGCAGAAAAAGAAACUGGUAGCAUCCCUCGCUGUGCCACGGCUACUAGAGGUGAACCCCAGACAAGCAGGGCCUGGAGCGGACCUCAACAGUCGUACAGCGAAGGGGCUAGACUGGUAGAAGGAAAACCAAGCAACAGAAAUACUUCAUCAUCAACAUUCUGGGUGUCCACUCAGAGACCCAAACGAAAAGUCAGCAACUACGCAGACGACCAGCGGACAAAUCCACAAAGAUGGGAAGAAACCAGCGCAAAAAGGAGGAAAACACCCGAAACCAGAACACAUCGCCUCCUAGAAAGGACCAAAACUCCUCACCAGCAAGGGAACAAAGCUGGACGGAGAAUGACUGUGACGAAAUGACGGAAUUAGACUUCAGAAGAUGGAUAAUGAGAAACUUUUGUGAGCUAAAAGAUCAUGUAUUAAAUCAAUGCAAAGAAACUAAGAACCUUGAAAAAAGAUGUGAAAAAAGAUUCGAGGAAAUGAUAACAAGAAUGGAUACCUUAGAGAGGAAUAUGAAUGAAUUAAAGGAGCUGAAAAACACAAUACGAGAACUUCGCGAAGCAAACGCAAGUUUCAAUAGCCGAAUUGACCAGGCAGAAGAAAGAAUAUCUGAAGUCGAAGACCAACUCAAUGAAAUAAAACGAGAAACCAAGAUCAGAGAAAAAAGCGCAAAAAGGAAUGAACAAAGUCUCCAAGAAAUGUGGGACUAUGUGAAAAGACCUAACCUACGUUUGAUAGGUGUACCAGAAGGGGACGAAGAGAAUGAAUCCCAGCUGGAAAAUACUCUUCAGGACAUCAUCCAGGAAAAUUUCCCCCACCUAGCAAGACAGGCCAACACUCAAUUGCAGGAAAUACAGAGAACACCACAAAGAUAUUCCGCAAGAAGAGCAACCCCAAGGCACAUAAUCGUCAGAUUCAACAGGGUUGAAAUAAAGGAGAGAAUACUAAGGGCAGCCAGAGAGAAAGGUCGGGUCACCCACAAAGGGAAGCCCAUCAGACUCACAGCAGAUCUCUUGGCAGAAACACUACAAGCCAGAAGAGAGUGGGGGCCAAUAUUCAACAUUCUUAAAGAAAAGAACUUUCAACCCAGAAUUUCAUAUCCAGCCAAACUGAGCUUCAGAAGUGAAGGAAGAAUAAAAUCCUUUGUGAACAAGCAAGUACUCAGAGAUUUUGUCACCACCAGGCCUGCUUUACAAGAGCUCCUAAAAGAGGCACUACACAUAGAAAGGAUCAAUCAGUACCAGCCAUUCCAAAAUCACACUGAAUGCUAAAGAGCUUCAACAUAAUGAAGAAUCUACAACAACUAACAGGCAAAACAGCCACUUAGAAUCAAAAUGGCAGUAUCAAAUUCACACAUAACAAUAUUAACCCUAAAUGUAAAUGGACUAAAUGCACCAAUCAAAAGACACAGACUGGCAAAUUGGAUAAAAAGCCAAAACCCAUCAGUGUGCUGUAUCCAGGAAACCCAUCUCACAUGCAAGGAUACACAAAGGCUCAAAAUAAACGGAUGGAGGACGAUUUACCAAGCUAAUGGAAAGCAAAAAAAAGCAGGAGUUGCAAUUCUCAUCUCUGAUAAAAUAGACUUUAAAGCAACAAAGAUCAAAAGAGACAAAGAAGGCCAUUACAUAAUGGUAAAAGGAUCGAUACAACAAGAAGAGCUAACGAUCCUAAACAUAUAUGGACCCAACACAGGAGCACCCAGAUACAUAAGGCAAGUUCUUAAUUACUUACAGAAGGACUUAGACUCCCACACAAUAAUAGUGGGAGACUUUAACACUCCACUGUCAAUACUAGACAGAUCAACCAGACAGAAAAUCAACAAGGAUAUCCAGGGCUUGAACUCAGACCUGGAGCAAGCAAACCUGGUGGACAUUUACAGAACUCUCCACCCCAAAUCCACAGAAUACACAUUCUUCUCAGCACCACAUCACACCUACUCUAAAAGUGACCACAUAAUUGGAAGUAAAGCACUGCUCAACAAAUGCAAAACAACUGAAAUCAUAACAAACAGCCUCUCAGACCAUAGUGCAGUCAAGUUAGAACUCAGAAUUCAGAAAUCGACCCAGAACCGCACAGCUUCAUGGAAACUGAACAACUGGCUCUUGAAUGUUGACUGGGUAAACAACGAAAUGAAGGCAGAAAUAAAGAAGUUCUUCGAAACCAAUGAGAACGAAGACACAACGUGCCAGAACCUCUGGGACACAUUUAAAGCAGUCUCUAGAGGAAAGUAUAUAGCAAUAAGUGCCCAUAUGAGGAGAAUGGAGAGAUCCAAAAUUGAUACCCUAUCGUCAAAAUUGAAAGAGCUAGAGGAGCAAGAUCAAAAAUCUCAAAACCCAGCAGAAGACAAGAAAUUACUAAGAUCAGAGCUGAGCUGAAGGAGAUUGAGACACGAAAAACCCUUCAAAAAAUCAAUAAAUCCAAGAGCUGGUUUUUUGAAAAGAUCAACAAAAUAGACAGACCAGUAGCCAGAUUGAUUAAAAAGAAAAGAGAGAACAACCAAAUAGAUGCAAUAAAAAAUGAUAAAGGGGAAAUCACCACAGAUUCCACAGAAAUUCAAACCAUCAUCAGAGAAUAUUACAAACAACUCUAUGCACAUAAACUAGUAAACCUGGAAGAAAUGGAUAAAUUCCUGGACUCCUGUGUCCUCCCAAGCCUAAACCAGGAGGAAGCUGAAACUAUGAAUAGACCAAUAACAAGGUCUGAAAUUGAGGCAGCAAUUAAGAGCCUACCUCACAAAAAAAGCCCAGGUCCAGAUGGGUUCACAGCCGAAUUCUACCAGACACACACGGAGGAGCUGGUACCAUUCCUUCUAAAACUAUUUCAAACAAUCCAAAAAGAGGGAAUCCUUCCCAAAUCAUUUUAUGAGACCAACAUCAUCCUGAUACCAAAACCCGGCAGAGACCCAACGAGAAAAGAAAACUUCAGGCCAAUAUCCAUGAUGAACAUAGAUGCAAAAAUCUUCAAUAAAAUAUUGGCAAGCCGAUUGCAACAGCAAAUCAAAAAACUUAUUCAUCAUGAUCAAGUAGGAUUCAUCCCAGGGAUGCAAGGCUGGUUCAACAUACGCAAGUCUAUCAACGUAAUUCACCACAUAAACAGAACCAAAAACAAAAACCACAUGAUUAUCUCAAUUGACACAGAGAAGGCAUUUGACAAAAUUCAACAGCCCUUUAUGCUAAAAACCCUCAAUAAACUCGGUAUCGAUGGAACGUAUCUCAAAGUAAUAAAAGCUAUUUAUGACAAACCAACAGCCAAUAUCAUACUGAAUGGGCAAAAACUGGAAGCAUUCCCUUUGAAAUCUGGUACUAGACAAGGAUGCCCUCUCUCACCACUCCUAUUCAAUAUAGUACUGGAAGUUCUAGCCAGAGCAAUCAGGCAAGAAAAAGAAAUAAAGGGUAUUCAAAUAGGAAAGGUGGAAGCCAAAUUGUCUCUAUUUUUAGACGACAUGAUAGUAUACCUAGAAGACCCCAUCGCCUCAGCCCAAAAACUCCUGAAACUGAUAAACAACUUCAGGAAAGUCUCAGGAUAUAAAAUCAAUGUGCAAAAAUCACAAGCAUUCGUCUACACCAAUAACAGACUUAAAGAAAACCAAAUCAAGAGCGAACUGCCAUUCGCAAUUGCUACAAAAAGAAUAAAAUACCUUGGAAUACAACUCACAAGGAACGUAAGGGACCUCUUCAAGGAGAACUACAAACCACUGCUCAACGAAAUCAUAGAGGACACAAACAGAUGGAGAAACAUUCCAUGUUCAUGGUUAGGAAGAAUUAAUAUCGUGAAAAUGGCUAUACUGCCCAAAGUAAUUUACAGAAUCAACGCUAUCCCCAUCAAGCUACCAUUGACUUUCUUCACAGAACUGGAAAAAACCACCAUGAACUUCAUAUGGAACCAAAAGAGAGCCCGCAUAGCCAAGUCAAUUCUAAGCAAAAAGAACACAGCGGGGGGCAUCACACUACCGGAUUUCAAACUAUACUACAAGGCUACAGUAAUCAAAACAGCAUGGUACUGGUACCAAAACAGAGAUAUAGACCAAUGGAACAAAACAGAGGCACCGGAGGCAACACAACAUACAUACAACUAUACAAUCUUUGAUAAACCUGACAAAAACAAGCAAUGGGGCAAGGAUUCCAUGUUUAACAAAUGGUGUUGGGAAAGCUGGCUAGCCAUGUGCAGAAAGCAGAAACUGGACCCCUUCCUGACACCUUACACUAAAAUUAACUCCAGAUGGAUUAAAGACUUAAACAUAAGACCUGGCACCAUAAAAACCCUAGAAGGAAAUCUAGGCAAAACUAUCCAGGACAUAGGAGUAGGCAAGGACUUCAUGAACAAAACACCAAAAGCAUUGGCAACAAAAGCCAAAAUAGACAAAUGGGACCUAAUGAAACUCCACAGCUUCUGCAUGGCAAAAGAAACAGUCACUAGAGUGGAUCGGCAACCAACAGAAUGGGAAAAAAUUUUCGCAGUCUACCCAUCUGACAAAGGGCUGAUAUCCAGAAUUUACAAACAACUCAAGCAGAUUUACAGGAAAAAAACAAACAAGCCCAUUCAAAAGUGGGCAAAGGAUAUGGACAGAUACUUUACGAAAGAAGACAUAUAUGAGGCCAACAAUCAUAUGAAAAAAUGCUCAUCGUCACUGGUCAUCAGAGAGAUGCAAAUCAAAACCACAUUGAGAUACCAUUUCACGCCAGUUAGAAUGGCGAUCAUUAAAAAAUCUGGAGACAACAGAUGCUGGAGAGGAUGUGGAGAAAAAGGAACACUUUUACACUGUUGGUGGGAGUUUAAAUUAGUUCAACCAUUGUGGAAGACAGUGUGGCGAUUCCUCAAGGCCUUAGAAAUAGAAAUUCCAUUUGACCCAGCAGUCCCAUUACUGGGUAUAUAUCCAAAAGACUAUAAAUCGUUCUACUAUAAGGACACAUGUACACGAAUGUUCAUUGCAGCACUGUUUACAAUAGCAAAGACCUGGAAUCAACCCAAAUGCCCAUUGAUAAUAGACUGGAUUGGAAAAAUGUGGCACAUAUACACCAUGGAAUAUUAUUCAGCAAUCAGAAAUGAUGAGUUUGUGUCGUUUGUAGGGACAUGGAUGAAUCUGGAAAACAUCAUCCUCAGCAAACUGACACAAGAACAGAAAAUGAAACACCGCAUAUUCUCACUCAUAGGUGGGUGAUGAAAAAUGAGAACACAUGGACACAGGGAGGGGAGUACUAAACACUGGGGUCUAUUGGGGGGGAAAGGGGAGGGCCAGUGGGAGGGGGAGGUGGGGAGGGAUAGCCUGGGGAGAAAUGCCAAAUGUGGGUGAAGGGGAGAAGAAAAGCAAAGCACACUGCCAUGUGUGUACCUACGCAACUGUCUUGCAUGCUCUGCUCAUGUACCCCAAAACCUAUAAUCCAAUAAAAAAAAAAAUUAAAAAAAAAAAGAAAAAGAAAAAAUUAAAAAAAAAAAUCAGGAGAUAACAGAUGCUGGAGAGGAUAUAUAGAAAUAGGAAUGCUUUUACACUGUGGGAGUGUAAAUUACUUCACUAUUGUAGAAGACAGUGUGGUGAGUUUUCAAGGAUCUAGAACUUGAAAUACCAUUUGACCCAGCCAUUCCACUACUGGGUAUAUACCCAAAGGAUUAUAAAACAUUAUCUUAUAAAGACAUAUUCACACAUAUGUUUAUUGCAGCACUGUUUACAAUAGGCAAGACUUAAAUUCAACCCAAAUGCCCAUCAACGAUAGAGUGCAUAAAGAAAAUGUGGUACAUAUACACCAUCAAAUACUAUGCAGUCAUAAAAAAGGUUGAGUUCAUGUCCUUCGUAGGGACAUGGAUGAAGCUGGAAACCUUCCUUCUCAGCAAACUGACACAAGAACAGAAAAGCAAACACCGCAUGUUUUCACUUAUAAGUAGGUGUUGAACAAUGAGAACACAUGGACACAGGUAGUGGAACAUCACACAAUGGGGCCUGUCAGGGGGUGGGAAGAUUGGAGAGGGUUAACAUUAGGAGAAAUACGUAAUAUUUCUCCUAAUAUUAGGAGGGAUGGAUGCAGCAAACCACUAUGGCCCGUGUAUACCUAUGUAACAAACCUGCACGUUCUGCACAUGUACCCCAGAACUUAAAGUAUGUUUUAAAAAAAGAACCUUUAAAAAAACUUCCCAAAUGACAUUCAUUUCCUCUGUGUAGUUGGUUCCCACAUUUAAGAGAUGAUGUGAUUCUUAAGAAAACUUUAUUAUUCUAUCAGAGAGGGUUGGUGUAGUGAAGCUCGAUAGACAUCCAUGCAUGACCCUCCCAACCGUGUGAAAAUGGAAUGAAGAUCACAAAGCCUUGUCCUUGAAAGAGAAGGGUUAGCAAUGAAGCAACCUUGGUGUAGUUCCAGGAUAACUUGUUGUUGUUUCAAGAUUAUCCUGGAACUACAACAAGGUUGCUGGGUUUGCAGCUACAAAUCAUGAGUUCAGGUCUUGACUAUACUAUUGACCACGUUUGUGAUUUGGGUCAAGUCAUCAAGUUGCCUUAAGCUCAGUACCACUGUUAAAUUUUGUUAUGAUUACUGUUCAAUUUUGUUACAAUUAAUUAUCUGUUAGAUACUUGUGAGGAUUAGAUGAGACCAUGCAUAAAAGGGUGAAAGGGUGAUACAAAUGGAAGUGAUUAUUAUUAUCACAGUUCUUUCUAGCUUUACUUGAUUUUCUACCCUAUGUUCAAUGUUGUUGGAUAUUAUUUGUCAUUCCCUUAUUUUGUUGGUAGUAACAGAAAUAGUCAAUUGAUAAGUGGGCUGUCAAUUACAGCCUUUUAUUGGGACUAUCCCAAACCUGAAUCCUAGCUAUGUAUGUUUACACGACAGGCAUUCAAGAAAUAUGUGCAAAAAUGCUACCAGUACCACAGCAUCUUCUGGUAGACAUAAUCCCUGGCCCACAAAAUCUGGAUAGCUUUUCUUUGAGACUUAAAGAAUAGCCAAAUAUCAAAGAAUACAUAGAAUCUUGCCAGGUAAGCUUUGAUCAAUCAGGCAUUUAUUUUAUAAUUUUCUUUUUCUAGUUAUAUCUUCUAAAGGAGGCAAAUGAUACUUAAUAAAGCUACUCACCUUUGCUCAGUAAGUUAGCUGUCGGUCCAGCUGUAACUAUAAUCUUUAAUUGAUGAAUGUUUGCUUUCUGUCUAUCAAUAGCUUGUCUAAAGGAAAUUAUAUUAAGGGGCAGUUAUGUAAGAGACAUGCUUCUUGCCUAUUUUCGUGUUUUAUCUUUGGAUUUAGUUAGAUGACUAAAGGCCUAAGUUACUUUAGCUUCUACCGAAUGAAUACCUUUCCUAGAAUGGUAUUAAGAUGUUAGUCUUUGGCUUUUAAAAAAAAGUGGUUGCAAGAAAAAGCAAAUAAAAUCAACUUGAAAUUUUAGUAAAAAUGCUCUGGAGGACACUGUCCAUGUUAGUCUCCCGAAAAUAAAAUCAUACCGAAGAGAUUUCUUUGAGAAUUUAAUUUCAGGAAAAACUUUGCCUUUCUCAAGGUAUUCUUUUAUUUAUUUAUUUAUUUAUUUUUAAAAUUUUUAUUGCAUUUUAGGUUUUGGGGUAUAUGUGCAGAACAUGCAAACUGUUGCAUAGGUACACACAUGGCAGUGUGUUUGGCUUUUUUUCUGCCCUUCACCCACAUUUGGCAUUUCUCCCCAGGCUAUUUUUCCCCAGCUCUCCCCCACCCCCACUGGCCCUCCCCUUUUCCCCCCAAUAGACCCCAGUGUUUAGUACUCCCCUCCCUGUGUCCAUGUGUUCUCAUUUUUCAUCACCCACCUAUGAGUGAGAAUAUGCAGUAUUUCAUUUUCUCUUCUUGUGUCCGUUUGUUGAGAAUGAUGUUUUCCAGAUUCAUCCAUGUCCCUACAAAUGACACGAACUCAUCAUUUCUGAUUGCUGCAUAAUAUUCCAUGGUGUAUAUGUGCCACAUUUUCCAAAUCCAGUCUAUCAUCAAUGGGCAUUUGGGUUGGUUCCAGAUCUUUGCUAUUGUAAACAGUGCUGCAAUGAACACUCGUGUGCAUGUGUCCUUAUAGUAGAACGAUUUAUAGUUCUUUGGAUAUAUACCCAGUAAUGGGAUUGCUGGGUCAAAUGGAAUUUCUAUUUCUAAGGCCUUGAGGAAUCGCCACACCGUCUUCCACAAUGGUUGGACUAAUUUACACUCCCACCAACAGUGUAAAAGUGUUUCUUUUUCUCCACAUCCUCUCCAGCAUCUGUUGUCUCCAGAUUUUUUAAUGAUCGCCAUUCUAACUGGCGUGAGAUGGUAUCUCAAUGUGGUUUUGAUUUGCAUCUCUCUGAUGACCAGUGAUGAUGAGCAUUUACUCAUAUGAUUGUUGGCCUCAUAUAUGUCUUGUUUUGUAAAGUGUCUGUUCAUAUCCUUUGCCCAUUUUUGAAUGGGCUUGUUUGUUUUUUUUCUUGUAAAUCUGUUUGAGUUCUUUGUAAAUUCUGGAUAUCAGCCCUUUGUCAGAUGGAUAAACUGCAAAAAUUUUUUCCCAUUCUGUUGGUUGCCAAUUCACUCUAGUGACUGUUUCUUUUGCCGUACAGAAGCUGUGGAGUUUGAUUAGGUCCCAUUUGUCUGUUUUGGCUUUUGUUGCCAAUGCUUUUGGUAUUUUGUUCAUGAAGUCCUUGCCCACUCCUAUGUCCUGGAUAGUUUUGCCUAGAUUUCCUUCUAGGGUUUUUAUGGUGCCAGGUCUUAUGUUUAAGUCUUUAAUCCAUCUGGAGUUUAUUUUGUGUAAGAUUUCAGGAAGGGGUCCAGUUUUUGCAUUCUGCACAUGGCUAGCCAGUUUUUUUUAACACCAUUUAUUAAACAGGGAAUCCUAUUCCCAUUGCUUGUUUUUGUCAGGUUUAUCAAAGAUUGUAUAGUUGUAGAUAUGUUGUGUUGCCUCCAAUGCCUCUGUUCUGUUCCAUUGGUCUAUAUCUCUGUUUUGGUACCAGUACCAUGCUGUUUUGAUUACUGUAGUCUUGUAGUAUAGUUUGAAAUCCAGUAGUGUGAUGCCCCCCGCUGUGUUCUUUUUGUUUAGAAUUGACUUGGCUAUGCAGGCUCCCUUUUGGUUUCAUAUGAAGUUCAUGGUGGUUUUUUCCAGUUCUGUGAAGAAAGUCAAUGGUAGCUUGAUGGGGAUACCAUUGAUUCUGUAAAUUACUUUGGACAGUAUAGCCAUUUCACGAUAUUAAUUCUUCCUAACCAUGAACAUGGAAUGUUUCUCCAUCUGUUUGUGUCCUCUCUGAUUUCAUUGAGCAGUGGUUUGUAGUUGUCCUUGAAGAGGUCCCUUACAUUCUUUGUGAGUUUUAAUCCUAGGUAUUUUAUUGUUUUUGUAGCAAUUGUGAAUGGCAGUUCGUUCUUGAUUUGGCUUUCUUUAAGUGUGUUAUUGGUGUAGAGGAAUAAUUGUGAUUUUUGCAGAAUGAUUUUAUAUCCUGAGACUUUGAAGUUGCUUAUCAGUUUCAGGAGUUUUUGGGGUCUUCUAGGUAUACUAUCAUGUCAUCUGCAAAUAGAGACAAUUUGGCUUCCACCUUUCCUAUUUGAAUACCCUUUAUUUCUUUUCCUUGCCUGAUUGCUCUGGCUAGAAAUUCCAGUACUAUAUUGAAUAGGAGUGGUGAAAGAGGGCAUCUUUGUCUAGUGCUGGAUUUCAAAGGGAAUGCUUCCAGUUUUUGCCCAUUCAGUAUGAUAUUGGCUGUUGGUUUGUUGUUAAAUAGCUUUUAUUACUUUGAUAUAUGUUCCAUCGAUACCGAGUUUAUUGAGGGUUUUUAGCAUAAAGGGCUGUUGAAUUUUGUCGAAUGCCUUCUCUGUGUCAGUUGAGAUAAUCAUGUGGUUUUUGUUUUUGGUUCUGUUUAUGUGGUGAAUUACGUUUAUAGACUUGCAUAUGUUGAACCAGCCUUGCAUUUCCGGGAUGAAUUCUACUUGAUCAUGAUGGAUAAGUUUUUUGAUUUGCUGUUGCAAUCGGCUUUCCAAUAUUUUAUUGAAGAUUUUUGCAUCUAUGUUCAUCAUGGAUAUUGGCCGGAAGUUUUCUUUUCUUGUUGUGUCUCUGCCGGGUUUUGGUAUCAGGAUGAUAUUGGUCUCAUAAAAUGAUUUGGGAAGGAUUCCCUCUUUUUGGAUUAUUUGGAAUUGCUUCAAAAGGAAUGGUCCCAGCUCGUCUUUGUGUGUCUGGUAGAAUUCGGCUGUGAACCCAUCUGGACCUGGGCUUUUUUUAUGUGGUAGGGUCUUAAUUGCUGCCUCGACUUCUGACCUUGUUAUUGGUCUAUUAAUAGUUUCAGCUUCCUCCUGGUUUAGGCUUGGGAGGAUGCAGGAGUACAGGAAUUUAUCCAUUUCUUCCAGGUUUACUAGUUUAUGUGCAUAGAGUUGUUUGUAAUAUUCUCUGAUGAUGGUUUGAAUUUCUGUGGAAUCUGUGGUGAUUUCCCCUUUAUCAUUUUUUAUUGCAUCUAUUUGGUUGUUCUCUCUUUUCUUUUUAAUCAAUCUGGCUAGUGGUUUGUCUAUUUUGUUGAUCUUUUCAAAAAACCAGCUCCUGGAUUUAUUGAUUUUUUGAAGGGUUUUUCAUGUCUCUAUCUUCUUCAGUUCAGCUCUGAUCUUAGUUAUUUUUGGUCUUCCGCUGGGUUUUGAGUUUUUUUGAUCUUGCUCCUCUAGCUCUUUCAAUUUUGACGAUACAGUGUCAAUUUUGGUUCUCUCCAUUCUCCUCAUAUGGGCACAUAUUUCUAUAUAUUGUUUUCUAGAGACUGCUUUAAAUGUGUCCCAGAGAUUCUGGCAUGUUGUGUCUUUGUUCUCAGUGGUUUUGAAUUACUUCUUUAUUUCUGCCUUUAUUUCAUUGUUUAUUUAGUCAACAUUUAAGACCCAGUUGUUCAGGUUUCAUGAAGCUGUGUGGUUGUGGUUGGUUUCCGAAUUCUGAGUUCUAACUUGAUUGCACUAUGGUCUGAGAGGCUGUUAUGAUUUCAGUUGUUUUGCAUUUGCUGAGGAGUGCUUUACUUCCAAUUAUGUUGUCAAUUUUUGAGUAGGUGUGAUGUGGUACUGAGAAGAAUGUAUAUUCUGUGGAUUUGGAGUGGAGAGUAUUGUAAAUGUCUAUCAGGUUGCUUGUUCCAGGUCUGAGUUCAAGCCCUGGAUAUCCUUGUUGAUUUUCUGUCUGGUUCAUCUGUCUAAUAUUGACAGUAGACUGUUAAAGUUUCCCACUAUUAUUGUGUGGGAGUCUAAGUCUCUUUGUAAGUCGUUAAGAACUUGCCUUAUGUAUCUGGGUGCUCCUGUAUUGGGUCCGUAUAUGUUUAGGAUUGUUAGCUCUUCUUGUUGUAUCGAUCCUUUAACAUUAUGUAAUGGCCUUUUUUGUCUCUAUUGAUCUUUGUUGCUUUAACGUCUAUCUUAUCAGAGAUGAGAAUUACAAUUCCUGCUCUUUUUUUGCUCUCCAUUUGCUUGGUAAAUCUUUUUCCAUCCCUUUAUUUUGAGCCUUUGUGUAUCCUUGCAUGUGAGCUGGGUUUCCUGGAUACAGCACACUCAUGGGUUUUAUAAUUUUAUCCAAUUUGCCAGUCUGUUUCUUUUGAUUGGUGCAUUUAGUCCAUUUACUUUUAGGGUUAAUAUUGUUAUGUGUGAAUUUGAUACUGCCAUUUUGAUGCUAAGUGCCUGUUUUGCCCGUUAGUUGUUGUAGAUUCUUCAUUAUGUUGAUGCUCUUUAGCAUUUAGUGUGAAUUUGGAAUGGCUGGUACUGGUUGUUUCUUUCUAUGUGUAGUGCCUCUUUCAGGAGCUCUUUUAAAGCAGGCCUUGUCAUGACAAACUCUCUGAGUACUUGCUUGUUCGCAAAGGAUUUUAUUUUCCCCCCACUUAUGAAACUCAGUUUGGCUUGAUAUGAAAUUUUGGGUUGAAAGUUCUUUUCUUUAAGGAAGUUGAAUAUUGGCCACCACUCUCUUUUGGCUUGUAGUGUUUCUGCCAAGAGAUCUGCUGUGAGUCUCAUGGGCUUCCCUUUGUGGGUGACCCGACCUUUCUCUCUGGCUGUCCUUAGUAUUUUCUCCUAUAUUUCAACCUUGUUGAAUCUGACGAUUAUGUGCCUUGGGGUUGCUCUUCUUAUGGAGUAUCUUUGUGGUGUUCUCUGUAUUUCCUGCAUUUGAGUGUUGGCCUGCCUUGCUAGGUGGAGGAAAUUUUUCGGGAUAAUGUCCUGAACAGUAUUUUCCAGCUUGGAUUCAUUCUCUUUGUCACAUUCUGGUACACCUAUCAAACGUAGGUUAGGUCUCUUCACAUAGUUUAACAUUUCUUGAAGACUUUGUUCAUUCCUGUUUGCGCUUUUUUCUCUGAUCUUGGUUUCUCAUUUUAUUUCAUUGAGUUGAUCUUCCACUUCUGAUAUUCUUCCUUCUGCUUGGUCCAUUCGGCUGUUGAAACUUGUGCAUGCUUCAUGACGUACUCUUAUUGUGGUUUUUAGCUUUUUUAAUUCAUUCAUAUUCCUCUCUAUGUUAUCCAUUCUUGUUAUGAUUACCUCCAAUCUUUUUUCAAGGUUCUUAGUUUCUUUGCAUUGAUUUAAGACAUGUUCUUUUAGCUCACAAAAGUUUCUCAUUAUCCACCUUCUGAAGUCUAAUUCCGUCAUUUCAUCAUAGUCAUUCUCUGUCCAGCGUCGUUCGCUUGCUGGUGAGGAGUUUUUGUCCUUUGUAGGAGUUGAGGUGUUCUGGUUUCGGGUGUUUUUUUUCUUUUUGCUCUGGUUUCUUUCUAUCUUUGUGGAUUUAUCCACCUGUCGACUGAGUAGUUGCUGACUUUUCGGUUGGGUCUCUGAGUGGUCGACCAGAUUGUUGAUGAUGAAGUAUUUCUGUUACUUGGUUUUCUUCUACCAGUCUAGUCUCUUUACUGUACGACUGCUGAGGUCCACUCCAGGCCCUGCCUUUCUGUGGUGCACCUAUAGUGGCUGCGGAACAGUGAGGGAUGCUACCAGUUUCUUUUUCUGCUAUCUUUGUCCCAGAAUGAUGCCUGCCAAAUGUUAGUCUUCUGGAUAUAGAAGGGUCAGGGAGCUGCUUGAGGAGACAGUCUGUACUUUAUAGGAGCUCAGGUGCUGAUCUGUGAGCUCUGUUGUUCAUUCAGGGCUGUUAGGCUACUAUGUUUAAUUCUGCUGCUGCAGAACUCAUUAAAAAACCCUUUUUUUUUCAGAUGCUUUGUCUCGGGGUUUUGGGGCUUUCUUUGUGAGUGUCUGUUGCGCUGUGCUUCCCAGCUAGGAGGCAGUCCAGUCACUAUUUGCCUUCCGAGGCUCCGCCCUGCUGGUGUGAGGUCCGUCCUGUUUCUGCAGGCUCUGCCCUGCUGCUGUGGCCUCCGUUCUGCUGCCACGGGUUACACUCUGUGGCGGAGUCUCUCUGUUGUGGCGGGUUGCCUCAGCAACGGGCCUGUACCUCAGUAGGGGUCUUUGCCUCAGUAAUAGCGGACGCCCCUUCCUUACCGAGCUGCACUGUCCUGGGUUCAUCUGUGCCCACAGUGAAACUCUCCACCUGGAGCGUUUGGAAUCGCCGUUUUGUCUCACUGCGGUACCCCAGACGCCGUUACCCUUGAAUCUCCUCGCUUGGCUCACUGUCCAAGUCCCGUAAAGUCAGAUAGAUAUGCCAAUCUGCCCUCUCAAGUCUCAGAUUGCCGGUUCAACAGGGCACCCAGACCAGUGCACUUUGUGUGGAGUGCUGUGGAGCGCCACUGCGCUACAGCGCCAGCCGCUGGCUGCACCGGCUGCCAGCUGCACCAGCCAAAACCUCUGCCUGGCAUCCUGUGUCUCUUUUAUACCUGGGAAUUUCCCCGUUCUGUGGGCAACAAAGAUCCGUCUGGAAAUGUGGCCCCAACUCACCCUUUGCACGUUCACCGAGAGCUUCAAUCCUGGGUUGUUCUCACUGCACCAUCUUGAGUCCCUUCUCGGUAUCCUUUUAAAUAAUGAGAACUACAUAAUUGCUUGGUUGUGCAUGCUUGUUAUUCUAGCUUCAAGAAGCUUUGAGGAAAAUUUAAGGCUCAAUUAUAGCAUUAAUGUUUACUCUAAUAGCUGUCUUAUUAUGGUACAUUUUUUUUUAAAAGAAACCUAUUAGAUUGUUACUCAUAUCUACUGUUGUAAGCCAUAUCAAAUUUUUUUGGGGCGAAUAAAGCACUAAGUAAAGAGAAAUAAAAUAGUAAAUGUACGAAAGAAAAAGAUAAUAGGAAGAGAGAAAACCAUCAUCAUCAUCAUCACUAUUAUCAUUAUCAUUAUUAUAGAGGGGGACUACUUAUUAAUGCAGGAAAAGAAACUGAAAUAUUUUUGCUUAUAUUGAAUACUUUAGAAAUUAUGAAAUAUUUUCAACAGAAAAAUAGAGAGAAACAUAGAACAUGCCCCCAUGUACCCACUAAUCAGAUUUAGCAAACAUUACUUUUGCCAUAUUUUCUUCAGAUAAAAAAUUCUAGAAUAAUAAAAAUGACACAUACAAAGCUCUCCUUUUGUUCUUUCUAUUCUGUCCACUUCCUCUCUCUUCAGCUUGUCCUUACUUGGAGAACUUGCCUAUCUGGCAUUAUACAUUACUGCACAUGUCUUUUGUAAUUCGCCUUUUUCUUUCAGGAAAGUUUUUGAUAUUUAGCCAUGUCGAUCAAUUUAAUUCAUGUUAAUUGCUCAGUUUCCUUCUAUAAACAUAUGAUGUAAUUAUUCAUUUCUUUAUGAAGACAUUUAGGGUUUUUCCAAUUUUUUUUCUACUGCAAAUGGUACUGCAUCGUAUAUGUCUCUGUGAGCACAUGACACAGAGUUUCUGCAGGGUCCCUGCCUCAGAGGGUAAUUGCUGGAUCAUUGGUCUUAAUUCAUUCCUUCAGCAAAUAAUACAGUGCCUCUUAUGUUUUGGGCAUCAUUAUAGGCAAUCAAAGAUACUACAGUGGAUAAGGUGGUCAAAAAUCUGUUUUUAUCAUGCUUAAAUUCUGGGGGAAGGUACAGUGGAAAAAAAGGUAGGCAAUAAAUGUGAUAAGCAAAAUACAAUUAUGUUAGUGACAAGUGCUCUGGAGAAAUAAAAACAGGGCAGGUGAUAGGAAGUGUAUAUGUGAAAAGAGGCUUGCCAUUUUCAAUAAGGUGUUAAGAAUAUCUCAUUGUGAUUUCAAUUUUAAUGUCUCAAGUGUGAUGAGGAACAUCUUUUCAUAUGAUUAAUACUGUUCAUAUUGAACUUUUUAAAAAUUCUUUUACUACCCUUUUGUUGAUAUAAUUCUUUAAAUUCCAACACUCCUUAAAUACAUACAAACUAAAAGUAAGAAUAAACUUAUGCUUUCUGCUUUAAUAGCUUGUAGCUAUUAUCAAAACAAAUGUACAUAUUACACCCAACUAUCUCCUCUGUAAAUUAACAAACUAUAAAUUAACAUAAGUCCUUCAAUAUGAAACAUAGUGUUAGUGACUGUGGCUCCAGUUCUCUUGGGUUUGGUCUGCAUUUUCCACUGGAUGCUACAAAAAGAUGCAAUUUUCUCAUUACCCUUUUAUGUUUGAAAUAAUGAAACACCUCUGUUCCUCAAGUGCACUGUGAAGUCAUUUGAUGCAAAAGUCUUAUUUACUUCUGAGUCUAACUCUGUUAAUUGCUAAAUAGCUGGAGUCAGUUAAAGUGGGACUCCUUGGCACCAAUCUGACUGCAAACACGAAGGCCAACUGGACCUAUGAGUAGCCACCUAUAUUACUCAUAAUGUGCUUACUUUAGAUUAUCAGCAAAGUGAAUACCCUAAAUUAAUAAGUUCUCCAUGAUAUAUUUCAAUAGAGAAUAUGCAAAUACCUCCAAAUUGGUCAGCAAAUAUUAGUUUGAGAAAUUCUGAUCUAGGGGGUAGGACUCAAGAUGGCGCUGUGAGAACAACCCAGGAUUGGAGCUCUCAUUGAAUCCGCAAAGAGGUGAGUCAGAGUUGCAUUUCCAGACUGAUCUUUGUUGCCCACAGAACGGGGAAACUCCCAAGUGUAAGGGAGACAUGGGACGCCAGGCAGUAAAUCUGCCUCGUGAAGCUGGCAGCCGGGGUGGUGGCGGCCAGCCCUACCCAGCAAUCCCCACAGGGCACGCUUCUCCGGGUGCCCUGUUGAACUGGCAACCUGAGACUUGAGAGGGCUGGACUUGAGACUGAACGAGACUUGGACAGUAGGCCAGCACAAAGGAUUGCAGGGACAGUGCGUUCGGGGUACCCAGUGGGAUGAACAAAACCGCGAUUUCAAACUAUCCCGAGCAGACGGUCCGAGACGCUCUGUGGGGGAGGGGCGUCCACCACUACCGAGGCAACCCGCCCCAACUGAGAUACACGCCCACUGCUGACGCAGCCAGCCGUUGCCGAGGCAACCCGUCCCUACUGAGAUACACGCCCACUGCCGAAGCAGACUCCCGUUGCCGAGGCAACCUGUCCCUACUGAGAUACACGCCCACAGCUGACGCAGCCUGCCGUUGCCAAGGCAAAAUACUACAAUGAAGAGACUCUGAUGCAGGGCGUGGCGGAGAACACAGCAGAGCCUGCAGGAACAGGGCGAAUCACACAACAGCAGGGCGGAGACUCGGCAGGCAAACAGUGGCUAGUCUGCCUCCUAGCUGGGCAGGACACCUCAACGGACAUCGAAAAAUAAAGCCUGAACCCCCCAACACAGAGCAUUUGAGAAAAAAAUGGUUUUUUAAAUGAGCUCUGUUGCAGCAGAAUCAAACAUAGCAGCCUAACAGCCUUGAAUGAACAACAGAGCUCACAGCUCAGAAAUUGAGCUCCUAAAAAGAACAGACUGUCUCCUCAAGCAGCUCCCUGACCCCUCUAUAUCCAAAAGACUGACAUUUGGCAGGCAUCAUCCUGUGACAAAGAUAGCAGAAAAAGAAACGGGUAGCAUCGCUCACUGUGCCACAGCUGCUAGAGGUGCACCCCAGACAAGCAGGGCCUAGAGUGGACCUCAGCAGUCGUACAGCGAAGGGGCUAGGCUGGUAGAAGGAAAACCAAGUAACAGAAAUACUUCAUCAUCAACAAUCUGGGUGUCCACUCAGAGACCCAAUCGAAAAGUCAGCAACUACGCAGACGACAAGCGGAUAAACCCACAAAGAUGGGAAGAAACCAGCGAAAAAAGGAGGAAAACACCCGAAACCAGAACACCUCGCCUCCUAGAAAGGACCAAAACUCCUCACCAGCAAGGGAGCAAAGCUGGACAGAGAAUGACUGUGAAGAAAUGACAGAAUUAGACUUCAGAAGGUGGAUAAUGAGAAACUUUUGUGAGCUAAAAGAACAUGUAUUAAAUCAAUGCAGAGAAACUAAGGAACUUAAAAAAAGAUAUGAGGAAAUGAUAACAAGAAUGGAUAACUUAGAAAUAUGAAUGAAUUAAAGGAGCUGAAAACCACAAUACGAGAACUUCGUGAAGCAUGCACAAGAUUCAAUAGCCGAAUUGACCAAGCAGAAGAAAGAAUAUCUGAAGUCGAAGACCAACUCAAUGAAAUUAAACGAGAAACCAAGAUUAGAGAAAAAAGCACAAAAAGGAAUGAACAAAGUCUCCAAGAAAUGUGGGACUACGUGAAAAGACCUAACCUACGUUUGAUAGGUGUACCAGAAGGGGGCAAAGAGAAUGAAUCCAAGCUGGAAAAUACUCUUCAGGACAUCAUCCAGGAAAGCUUCCCCCACCUAGCAAGACAGGCCAACACUGAAAUGCAGGAAAUAUGGAGAACACCACAAAGAUAUUCUGCAAGAGCAACCCCAAGGCACAUAAUCGUCAGAUUCAACAAGGUUGAAAUAAAGGAGAAAAUACUAAGGACAGCCAGAGAGAAAGGUUGAGUUACCCACAAAGGGAAGCCCCUCAGACUCACAGCAGGUCUCUCGGCAGAAACACUACAAGCCAGAAGAGAGUGGGGGCCAAUAUUCAACGUUCUUAAAGAAAAGAACUUUCAACCCAGAAUUUCAUAUCCAGCCAAACUGAGCUUCAGAAGUGAAGGAAAAAUAAAAUCCUUUGCGAACAAGCAAGUACUCAGAGAUUUUGUCACCACCAGGCCUGCUUUACAAGAACUCCUAAAAGAGGCACUACACAUAGACAGGAACAACCAGUACCAGCCAUUCCAAAAUCACACUAAAUACUAAAGAGCAUCAACAUAAUGAAGAAUCUACAACAACCAACAGGCAAAACAGCCACUUAGCAUCAAAAUGGCAGUAUCAAAUUCACACAUAAAAAUAUUAACCCUAAAUGUAAAAGGACUAAAUGCACCAAUCAAAAGACACAGACUGGCAAAUUGGAUAAAAAUCCAAAACCCAUCAGUGUGCUGUAUCCAGGAAACCCAUCUCACAUGCAAGGAUACACAAAGGCUCAAAGUAAAGGGAUGGAGGAAGAUUUAUGAAGCAAAUGGAGGGCAAAAAAAAAGCAGGAGUUGCAAUUCUCAUCUCUGAUAAAAUAGACUUUAAAGCAACAAAGAUCAAAAGAGACAAAGAAGGCCAUUACAUAAUGGUAAAAAAAUCGAUACAACAAGAAGAGCUAAAAAUCCUAAACAUAUAUGGACCCAAUGCAGGAGCACUCAGAUACAUAAGGCAAGUUCUUAAUGACUUACAAAGAGACUUACACUCCCACACAAUAAUAGUGGGAGACUUUAACACUCCACUGUCAAUAUUAGACAGAUCAACCAGACAGAAAAUCAAAAAGGAUAUACAGGGCUUGAACUCAGACCUGGAGCAAGCAAACCUGAUAGCCAUUUACAGAACACUCCACCCCAAAUCCACAGAAUAUACAUUCUUCUCAGCACCACAUCACACCUACUCAAAAAUUGACCACAUAAUUGGAAGUAAAGCACUGCUCAACAAAUGCAAAACAACUGAAAUCAUAACAAACAGCCUCUCAGACCAUAGUGCAAUCAAGUUAGAACUCAGAAUACAGAAACCAACCCAGAACCGCACAGCUUCAUGGAAACUGAACAACUGGCUCUUGAAUGUUGACUGGGUAAACAAUGAAAUGAAGUCAGAAAUAAAAAAGUUCUUUGAAACCAAUGAGAACGAAGACACAACGUGCCAGAACCUCUGGGACACAUUUAAAGUAGUCUCUAGAGGAAAGUAUAUAGCAAUAAGUGCCCAUAUGAGGAGAAUGGAGAGAUCCAAAAUUGACACCCUAUCGUCAAAAUUGAAAUAGCUAGAGGAGCAAGAUCAAAAAAACUCAAAACACAGCAGAAGACAAGAAAUAACUAAGAUCAGACCUGAACUGAAGGAGAUUGAGACGCGAAAAACCCUCCAAAAAAUCAAUAAAUCCAAGAGCUGGUUUUUUGAAAAGAUCAACAAAAUAGACCACUAGCCAGAUUGAUUAAAAAUAAAAGAGAGAACAACCAUAUAGAUGCAAUAAAAAAUGAUAAAGGGGAAAUCACCACAGAUUCCACAGAAAUUCAAACCAUCAUCAGAGAAUAUUACAAACAACUCUAUGCACAUAAACUAGUAAACCUGGAAGAAAUGGAUAAAUUCCUGGACUCCUGCAUCCUCCCAAGCCUAAACCAGGAGGAAGCUGAAACUAUGAAUAGACCAAUAACAAGGUCAGAAGUCAAGGCAGCAAUUAAGAGCCUACCACACAAAAAA